CCGCUCGCCUUCGCUACCGGCCUUAAAAAAGGGCAUGGCAGCUCCCCCAUUGGCUAGGAUUUAACCCGUGCCUUCAGGCUCCCAUUGGCUUCUAUUGCUUGCAAUCUUCUCCCGCCGCCUUUCUGAUUGGCCUUCUUCAAGACUACGGGGGCACGUCGCCCGCCUGCUUCUUGCCCUCAGCCGCUGCUGAAGGAGACGGGAUUGGCAGGGGUGUAGGGGUUGCCGCUUCUCAUUGGCCAUUUAGGCAAGCACGGGCUCCGUCCUCGCGCGCUGUGUGACGCCGGGGUGAUGACGUAGCAGGCGGCCUGGCCUGGUUCCCAAGAUGGCGGCGCGCAGGGCGCGGAGGCUGCGCUGUCGUUAGAGGCUCGGCGCUCCGCUGGGGUCUCCUCUCCCGCGCCUGGUCUGUUCUGAAGCGACUAUCUGAAGACUUCCUUUUUGAAAACUUCAAAAGCAAGAACAAUUCUGUUUUAAUAAAUGAAGGAGAAUAAAGAAAAUUCCAGCCCUUCUGUAAACUUGGCAAACCUGGACCAUACAAAGCCAUGUUGGUACUGGGAUAAGAAGGAUUUGGCACAUACACCGUCACAGCUAGAAGGGCUUGAUCCAGCUACUGAGGCACGAUACCGCAGGGAAGGGGCCAGAUUCAUAUUCGAUGUGGGAACACGUUUAGGGCUACAUUAUGAUACUCUAGCAACCGGAAUAAUUUAUUUCCAUCGGUUUUAUAUGUUUCAUUCCUUCAAACAAUUCCCAAGAUAUGUGACAGGAGCCUGCUGUCUCUUCCUAGCAGGAAAAGUUGAAGAAACACCUAAGAAAUGUAAAGAUAUAAUUAAAACAGCUCGUAGCUUGCUAAAUGAUGUACAGUUUGGACAGUUUGGAGAUGACCCAAAGGAAGAAGUGAUGGUCCUUGAAAGAAUCUUACUACAAACAAUAAAGUUUGAUUUGCAAGUGGAACAUCCAUACCAAUUUCUUCUCAAGUAUGCCAAACAGCUCAAAGGAGACAAAAAUAAAAUUCAAAAACUGGUUCAAAUGGCAUGGACUUUUGUCAAUGACAGUCUCUGCACUACACUGUCGCUGCAGUGGGAACCUGAGAUCAUAGCUGUUGCAGUUAUGUACUUAGCAGGCCGUUUGUGUAAGUUUGAAAUACAGGAAUGGACAUCAAAACCAAUGUACAGACGAUGGUGGGAGCAGUUUGUCCAAGAUGUUCCUGUUGACGUUCUGGAAGACAUCUGUCAUCAGAUCCUGGAUCUAUACUCACAGGGAAAACAGCAAAUGCCACAUCAUACUCCUCACCAGUUGCAGCAGCCACCAUCUCUUCAAUCCACACCCCAGACACCUAUGGUACAGCAAUCACAACAGUCUCAGAGUUCAGAGCAAUCACAAACUCAGCAGCAAAAAGAUUCGCAGCAGUCAGCACAGCAACAGCAGCAGCAGCAAACACAGGCACAGCAAUCUAAAAAGCCCUCUCCCCAGUCAAGUCCUCCUAGACAGAUUAAAAGACCGGCAGCUGUAUCUCCAAAAGAAGAUACAAAGACAUCAGAACCACCACCAUCUAAAAUUCCGAAAAUUGAAACUUCACAUCCACCAAUACCUCCUGCACAUCCACCUCCAGAGCGCAAGCCUCCUUUGACAACUGCAGUUUCAAUGGGAGAAGCAGAGCAAUCUGCUACUGUGGACUCAGUAGAUAUGCCAAAGGUCCAGAUUCCUCCCCCUGCUCAUCCUGCCCCAGUACAUCAACCUCCGCCUCUGCCGCAUCGUCCCCCGCCCCCACCCCCCACCAGUUAUAUUACAGGGAUGUCUACUACAAAUUCCUAUAUGUCAGGGGAGGGUUAUCAGAGUCUUCAGUCAAUGAUGAAAACAGAAGGACCAACUUACGGAGGUUUACCACCGGCCUACGGACCACCAGCUCAUCUACCGUAUCAUCCUCAUGUCUAUCCUCCCAACCCUCCACCACCAGUUCCUCCUCCACCCCCUGCUUCAUUCCCCCCGCCCAAUAUUCCACCUCCCACUCCAGGAUAUCCUCCUCCACCCACAUACAACCCUAAUUUCCCACCUCCAAGACUGCCUCCAACUCAUGCAGUACCACCUCAUCCACCUCCAGGGCUGGGAAUGCCACCAGCUAGUUACCCCCCACCUACUGUUCCCCCAGGUGGACAGCCGCCUGUACCACCUCCAAUUCCACCACCUGGUAUGCCACCUGUAGCAGGACUUGGACGUGCUACGUGGAUGAGAUAGCAUGAGGUAAUUUGCACCAUAUCCCUUUCUAGGCAGGAGUAGCUAACCAAAACGUACAUUGUAAAGAUGAAGAGGAGGGUAAUUUGUAUAAUUUAGAUGAAGAAAUGAGGAGGUGAAUUGAAAAUUUAGCUGAUCUGUUUGCAGUAUUGUUUAUGGUGAGUUAUAUAGGCUUCUAGAUUUUAAUCAGCUUUGCAGUAUCCUAACUUUAUACAUUUGACUUAAGUUUAAAUUGUCUUGAGUUAUUCCAGCACUGGAUUACUUUGUACUAGCAAAACCAGCCAUAUUGGCUCAAUUAUAUCAGCAAGAAGAAAAUUUCCUUCUAGAAAUCAGUGCCUGUUUUUGCCUAUCUAAAAUAGCCGGAUACCAUGAAAUUUGAUCUGUAAUAGGAAACUUUUGUGUUUAAUAAUUAAAACACCACAAUGCCAAGCGUAAAAGCUACUGUAUUUAAGAGAGAUUCUGAGUGCUAGCUGACUGGAAUCAUUUUGAGGUGUUGGCCUUGCUGAUAUUUUUGUUUUGGAAUGUACUGGUAUCUUAAAGUAUUGUAUGUUUACACCUAUUUGCAAAUUCCUGUACAUAAUAUAUAUAUUUUGUAAGUGUGAAAGUCUGAAUGUAACAACCUACUGUGAUGAACAUCCUGGUUAUAAAUGGGACUACUUUGCUCACAUCUACUCAAAUAAAAUUGGUUCUGAAUU